AUGGCCGAAACAACGGAAAAACCUCUAGAAAUUGAGGAUAACAAGGAGAAGACUCCUGUUCCUGAACCAAAACCUGAAGAAAAGGUUGAAGAGCCAUCUAAAGAAGAGCCUCAAGGUUCUAGUCAAUGGUUUGGUUCAUAUUCGUCUUAUUUGAGCACGGUUGGAGGAGAAUGGAUUGGAAAGGCUAAAGAACAGGUAAUAAUUUGUUUAUUUUUGGUUUUAGGUAUUAAAUUGGAUUUUAUUGAUAUGAAAUUGGAUUUGGAAGAUAGCUAAGAGUUUUGAGGAGAUGUAGAAGGCUAAUUACUAGUUAAAAUGAUGCAGAUUGAGUCGGACGACUUUGUUUUAGUUGACAUAAUCGCUAAUUUUUUCUCGCGUUUACGAUUUUUAAUAAAACUAAAAGGCUAAAGUUAAAGCAAGUAAAAAUAUAUAUAAAAACAUUGAUGAGGACCUUAGCAAGCUUUAUUUUUAGAUGGAAAAGACGUUGGACGCAGUAAAGAAGGAUUUGAAUGAGUUUUCCGACACUGUCAACGCUGAAGCCAACAUUAUCAAGGAGAAUGUAACGAAGCAAGCUGAACUUUUCAAGGAAUUCGUAACAACUCCAGAUGCUGAUCCUCCAGAAGUUGCUGACGAAGCUGUGGAAGGUGAAGCUAGGCACAAAUUGGAAAAACAAAACUCUACUGUAAGUUUUUCGGUUUGAAAUUAAAAAAUUGAGUGUUUAGAGACUGAAGGUGUAAAAAAUAUAGUAAUUCAAGGCUUAAAAGCUGUUUUUAUUGACGUAAAAUUAAUUUAAAAAGGUCUGUUAUAUUAUACUAGCUUCUGUAUGACUUCAUUUUUACACUCUUAUUGAUAUUAUACCCGUUUAGGGCAUUAACUUUGGCUGGAUGAAGUCGGUGGUCGAAUCGGUGAAAAGCUUGGCCAUUGAGGAUACAGCUAAAGAUGAGGAAGAUUUUACUGAAGCUAUUGUUACCAAUGUACGACAAAGCACCUUGGAUCAUGUAGGUUUUGAUUUUUUAUUGAUUUUUUCGUUUUUAUUUUGACGUGAUUGGAUCAAAGCUUGAUUUUUAGUGGUUUUUGUUACCUAAAAUAGUUGCUUUAGCCUUUUAAUUUUAAUUUUUUGGUUUAAAACCUUCGUUUCGCUCUUUUUAUAUCUAGAACAAUAUAACUUUUUCCUUUUUUUGAAAUUUUAAAGGUUUUUCAUUACAAUGUCAACUUUCAGGUCAAGCUACUGGAGCUCCAGAACACAGAAUCCACCUUCCUAAAGCCCCCAACCCAAAAUAUUGAAGUAUACAAGGACUGGCUGAAAGAGUUCAAGCUAUCCGAAUAUAACGGCGAGAUCAAUGUUCUCCUAGGCAAUAACCCCAAGCUACGCGAAAUUUAUACAAAAUUUGUGCCAACUCGAGUUGAUAAUCAUACGUUUUGGAAUCGCUACUUCUUCAAGGUUUAUAUCGCCGAAAUGGAACAGGAAUUGAGGAAUAAUAAGGGAAAGAUCUUCGAAGAGCUGGAAGUUGACACGAGUGGAGCUAAAGACAAGAAUUUCGGUCAUUCUAGCGGAGAGAAGAAAGGUUGGUUCGGGUUUUGUAGUUUGAUUUUUAAGAUUUAAUCCGCCCUAACCCUCUAUAACCAGUACAAGUAUCAUUUCCAGAAGUCAGUCCAUCGGUAACAGAAAACGAAUCCUGGAGUGUGUGCUCAUCAGGAGCCGACGAUCUUCAAGAAUUCCCAGACGAAUCGGCCGAUGAACAACAAGUUCAAACCGAAAGCACGACCUAUAGUGAUGCCGUGACAGGACCAUUGACCCCAAAAGCUACGGAUGAAGAGGAAACUAACGGAGAUUCUGAAUGGGAAAAGUGGGAAGGCGAGAAACAGAAAUAG